AACUUAUCAUCAACAGCUUCUUCAACACUUCAACAACUCAACAACUCAACGCCUCUCUCCUGAGCAACCCACUACUCUCUAAAAGAACCACCCCCCUCCCCACCUAAAAACUACUUACCAAUAUGUGCGGCGCCAUUGAAUGCAUUGCUUGGGUAUGUUACUUCUAUCUCACACCUGCCGCCUGUUAUGUCGUCCCACCGACGCCGAUCCGCACAGAUUCACUAACCUUCUCUCAACCCCUUUUUGAACAAUCUGUCUACUCUCAAAUAGGACGGUCUCAUCAUCGUCGGACUCAUCCUCCUCAUCAUCUGGAUCCUGUCCCUCGCCAGCGUGAUCCACGUCGGUUCGACCGCCGGAUUGAAGCACAUCUUCAUCGUCCUCGCGGUCAUCUUCAUCAUCGCGUGGAUCUUCACCCGCUUCUGCUAUGGCCGUCGCCGCCGUGGUGCCCGUGGAGGCGUUGUUGUCUAAAGGAGUCAUCUUUCAGACCCAAGCGAACCCUGUACAAACACCCCCUAUUCCAUUAAUUCGCAGUGUCUAAUUAUUACUAUUUUACCCUCACUUGUUCCAAUAUCUUCCUCCUAUUUUUUUUUUACGCGCUCUUGAUGACUGACGUGAUGUAAAGCAUAAUAAAACACGUCUCUUGUAAUCCAGUAAAAGCAACUGUUCAGCUCUGUUGGGUUUAAUGUUGUAAGAAUGUGCAUUUUGUUUAGG